GUCCCCUUCCUCAGAAGCCAGCCUUCCUGAUUCACUCAGUGUUUGCAGAAAUGGCUGGCUUUGCCCACCACUUGGUUACUUGGAAAGCAGUUGUGGGAUUUCUUUGGGUAAAGGAGACAGGUUUAACUUUGCUGGCCAUGGGACUCACUAGCCUCAAACUUGAGACAGCCCUCUUGCCAGAGCAUCCACAGCCCAAGGAUUAUAGCCAAAGAGGAAGAUAACGUUGUGUGUCUUUGUCGAGCAAAACCCUCCCCCAGUUACAUUAAUCUUCAAGCAAAUUCCCCGCCAGCUACUUUCUCGAACACCGAGACAACAAUGCUGCCUUCAGGAGCUGGUGAGAAGCCCAAGGAAUGCCUAGGACUCCUCGAGUGCAUGUCUGCCAAUCUCCAGCUACAGACUCAGCUUGCCCAACGACAGAUGGCUAUUUUGGAAAACUUGCAGACAUCCCUCUCACAGCUGGGUUCUGGGAGGGAGAGCAAGACCUGUUCUCUCCCGGGCUUAUGUUGCAAUCUGUUGUUAAAUCACCUGCCCCAAUUCCAUAAAUGAACUGUGGAACAAA